ACACACACACACACACACACACACACACACACACACACACACACACACACACACACACACACACACACACGCAUCAGCGCGUUCACGCAUGCAUGCGUGCACACGGAGCGCACGCGCGCUAGACUGCAGUCGGCGUCUCGUUCAGUAAAGUUUCCAGCAGCACGCGAGCACACGGCGCUCCGGACGGUUCAUCUGAGCGCGAGCUGCUGGAGGUACGACGGACUCCCGGUGUGACGGCGUACGGUGGUCCGGUAGGAAGGUGGUCGGUCCGGUGGUCCGUGGGUCGGUUGGUGAACCGUUGGUCGGUUGGUGAACCGUUGGUCGGUCCUGUUGUCCGGUGGUCCGGUUAUCCGGUGACCCGUCGGUGAACCGGUGGUCGGUCCCGUUGUCCGGUGGUCGGUGGUCCGGUGACGCUCGGACGGGUAGCAGCUGUUCCUACAGCAUGGCGGCGGUGUUGCCCCGGACCCUGGGCGAGCUGCAGCUCUACCGCAUCCUGCAGCGCUCCAACCUGCUGCUGUACUACGACGCCUUCAUCCAGCAGGGCGGCGACGACGUGCAGCAGCUGUGCGAGGCGGGGGAGGAGGAGUUCCUGGAGAUCAUGGCGCUGGUGGGCAUGGCCAGCAAACCGCUGCACGUGCGGCGGCUGCAGAAGGCGCUGCGGGACUGGGUGACCAACCCCGCCCUCUUCAACCAGCCGCUGGCCUCGCUGCCCGUCUGCAGCAUCCCCGUCUACAAGCUGCCCGAGGGCUCCCCGGGGGGGGGCGGCAAGACGCCCAAGGGCCCGGCCGCCGCCGCCGCCGCCGCCGCCGCCGACCCGGGGCGGCCGGAGGCGGGGCGGGACAAGGCGGGGGGCGGGUCCCCUCCGCCGGCGGCCGCCGGAGACGCCCGCUUCUGGUCGGGCCACAGCAACGACAGCGAGCAGAGCCUGUCGCCCUCGGAGCUGGGCUCGCCGUCCUCGCCGCGGGACGGCCUGGAGGCGCUGGACCCGGCCGCCGUGCAGUCGGUGCUGGAGUGCGUGGAGCGCAUGGCGCCCGGCCUGCCCCGCAGCGAGCCCGCCGAGGUGCGGGAGCAGCUGAAGAACAACAAGAAGCUGGCCAAGAUGGUGGGCCACAUCCUGGACAUGGGCGAGGAGGAGCCGCGGCGCGAGGACGAGAUCCGCAAGUACAGCGCCAUCUACGGCCGCUUCGACUCCAAGAGGAGGGACGGGAAGCAGCUCACCCUGCACGAGCUGACGGUGAAUGAGGCCGCCGCCCAGCUCUGCAUGAGGGACGCCGCGCUGCUCACACGCCGGGACGAGCUCUUCGGAUUGGCCCGUCAGAUCUCCAGGGAGGUCACCUACAAGUACACCUACCGCACCAGCAAGUCGCGCUGUGGAGAGCGAGAGGAGCCCUCGCCCAAAAGGAUCAAAACAGAGGAGAACCUGUUUGACCUGCAGGAGGCGCUGCAGGCCAUCCACAUGAGGCAGGAGAUGCUGCGCGAACAGCUGGCCUCCGCCAAGUCCAAGGGGGAGGAGUCUGUGGGACGCAACUUGCAGGUCCAGCUGGAGCGGCUGCUGGCCCGUCAGAUGGAGAUCCUUCAGGACGCCGCGGUGCAGGAGAGGCUGCAGGCUCUGGAUUGGAGGAUCCCUCCCUCCGCCCUGAAGUACCUCAGCGACGCCCACGUUACCAACGGCAACGCAGCCGCCGACAACGGCCGCGAGAGCUUAGACGAGCGGCCAAUCAACCUCCGGGUGGUGAGCCAGAACAUGCAGGAAGGGGACAUCCCGUUGGGCAAGCAACUAGCCAAUGAGCUGAAGCGUCAUCACAACAACCACAACAACAACCUCCAGAACCACAACACAGAGGACAGCCACGCUGCCGCUGCAGAAAACGGAAUCCUGCACCAGCGGGUUCUCAGCAACGCAGACAAGAAGACCAUCAAGUCGGAGCCCGAAGACUCCCCAGAGUGACCUUCGACCCCCCCCCCCCCCCGCCCAGCUGGUCCUCCCCCAGUUUGCAGUCGUCAUCCCGGACACUAAGCACAGCCCUCGUAGCGCCUUAACAACCGAUGUUGCCUCAUGAAUAGCCUUUAUUUUCUUUACUUUUCAUUUGAGGGGCCAACAGAGUGUUGUGGCCGAGCCGUGGACCCCGCGGUGGUCUUCAUCUCACGGGUCGUGUCCUGUUUCCACCAUGCGUAUCGGUUUGACCCCACCCCAGAGUCCCUGUUCCUGCCUGGCAACAGGCUCCUCGGUUGGGACCAGAUCACCAGGAAUCAGUUAGACUGACGGCUCCGGCCGGUCCACCUUAAGUUAGACUGACGGCUCCGGCCGGUCCACCUUAAGUUAGACUGACGGCUCGGGCCGGUCCACCUUAAGUUAGACUGACGGCUCGGGCCGGUCCACCUUAAGUUAGACUGACGGCUCCGGCCGGUCCACCUUAAGCUAGACUGACGGCUCCGGCCGGUCCACCUUAAGUUAGACUGACGGCUCGGACCGGUCCACCUUAAGUUAGACUGACGGCUCGGGCCGGUCCACCUUAAGUUAGACUGACGGCUCGGGCCGGUCCACCUUAAGUUAGACUGACGGCUCGGGCCGGUCCACCUUAAGUUAGACUGACGGCUCGGGCCGGUCCACCUUAAGUUAGACUGACGGCUCGGGCCGGUCCACCUUAAGUUAGACUGACGGCUCGGGCCGGUCCACCUUAAGUUAGACUGGCGGCUCGGGCCGGUCCACCUUAAGUUAGACUGACGGCUCCGGCCGGUCCACCUUAAGUUAGACUGACGGCUCGGGCCGGUCCACCUUAAGUUAGACUGACGGCUCCGGCCGGUCCACCUUAAGUUAGACUGACGGCUCGGGCCGGUCCAUCUUAAGUUAGACUGACGGCUCUGGCCGGUCCACCUUAAGUUAGACUGACGGCUCUGGCCGGUCCACCUUAAGUUAGACUGACGGAUCGGGCCGGUCCACCUUAAGUUAGACUGACGGCUCCGGCCGGUCCACCUUAAGUUAGACUGACGGCUCCGGCCGGUCCACCUUAAGUUAGACUGACGGCUCCGGCCGGUCCACCUUAAGUUAGACUGACGGCUCCGGCCGGUCCACCUUAAGGUAGACUGACGGCUCCGGCCGGUCCACCUUAAGUUAGACUGACGGCUCGGGCCGGUCCACCUUAAGGUAGACUGACGGCUCCGGUUGGUCGGGUCAGUUCAGUCUCAGUUCAGUUCAUCAACUCGGUUAAUAACUAAGUCUGUGUGGUGGGGUCACGAGGGGUCUGGUCUAGUGGGGGUGGACGGGGGGGGGG